AUGAGUCGCCACGAAAGGGUGAUUUCUCUACCAAAUCUCGCAGGGGGGUACUCGCUUACCCUCUCCUCCAAAGAUUCCAAUACCCUUGUGAUUCGGCUGGUCCCCGAUGAGGAGGUGGAUACCAGCGGUACCCUUGGCCAGGAGACCGGGGGAGGAGGAGGAGGAGGAUGGUACGGGUACGGGGAUGUAAAUGCCAAUGAUAGCUUCGAUAGCGGUUACCAAGGAUACACACCCCCUCGGAAUAGAAACAUCAGCAGGCCAACUUACAUCGGUUUUAAGAACGGACUUAACAAUGGGUAUUACUCCUUACCGAUUCGCAAGAAGAGCAAGGCGGACUACGCCGAUCUCCAGGAAGGGGAUCGUGUUCUGUCGAUCAAUGGGAAAUCGGUCAGGAACGCUGCCCGCGAUGUCGCCAUGGCAUACAUCGACGAGACCGAUGACUCACUCGACCUCGAAAUCGUCAGAACAAGAAGUGCCAACCCAAGAAUUCAAGACAGACAGAUGAAUCAAGAAAAACAAAGUUCAGACCGGCGGAUGUCGAACAGCGGCGGCGCGGUCCGUAAGGUCACGACGACAACGACACGAAUCAAGACGACUAAAGACGGCGAACGACUGCAGGAGACGGUUACGAAGACCGUGAUGGAAUCGCUGGACGGCGAGACGCCGAAAACCGUAGCGCAGACGACGACAGAACGCAACGAUAUGGCGGGACCGGUGCGCAAGCCAAUUGGUGGAAUUGAGCACACCGCGCCAAUCAAGAUGGAUCAUGGGAGGCGUACCAGUGACGUCAUCAUCACGCAUCCACAGAAAUCGGCUACCGAUCGAGCACGGAUAUCGGGUAAUGUAGACAACUCGUCGAGGUCAACAACGUGGCAGUCUCCACAGCGACAACCAUCGCCAGCCAAACAGCAACCCAUCUAUCAACAGACACAACCUCAACAACGACAGCAGCCGCAUCAAGCGCGGUUUCAGCUACCGCAGCAGCAACAACAACCGCAGCAAGCGCGGUUCCAGCUACCGCCGCAACAACAACCGCAGCAGAAACCAAAGUCAAGAUUUGAGAUGCCCAAACCAUCCGCCAACCCACGCUACUCGGCUCCGGGUCCGAAAACCGACUUCGCUCUCCAGUACGGGAAACCGUCACCGCUGCAGAAGAGCAAAAAACAGUCGACAUACGAACCGGUCAGCAUUAUGCAGUCCAAGCCUUCCGGUAAAGCUGCCGGGGUCGGACGGGAACUUACGAUCACCUUUGCCAUGCCUGAUGAAAAUACAAAGGUGGACUUUGGCAGCCCACCUCAGUCACCAAGCGGUAUGUCUGUUGAUAGUGGUGUGCCUCCUGAAUCGCCUCUUACACCGAAGAAACAUCUCGAAGAAGAGACUGAUGUCUAUAAAGAUCCCAGUAUCAUCCUUCGCAGCCUUGCUAAGGACCAGCCUGCCGCUGAGCGUAAAGAGCGAUUACAGCGUCCGUACUCGGAACCAGCUGGGCGAGUCAGCGAAGAUCCCGAGCCCGAAGUCUCAAUUGUCGAGAAAAGGCGAGCGUGUAAAACAAUCGCAGAUCUUCUGAUGUUUCCCAAGAACAAGCAGGCCAAAGGCGCAAGGAUGUUCGCCAAGCGUCGGAAGCGGAGUGCCAGAUACACGAUUGAAGCAACCGGGCAGAAGGACUCCGAUGAAGACAGCGAUGGAUCUUCCACUGGGGAGUCUGGAGCAGCGAUUAUCACCAUCAAGGCCGCUCCACCGCCACCACCACCAAUGUCAAAUGGGGUAAUUCCGAUUCCACCACCGCCGCCUCCUGGAGGAUUCACACAGCGUAUCAAGGUGGAACCGACGAAUUUCAAUGUCAAGCUGAAGAGCAAAGUAAAAUGCGAGCACACUGCGGUGUCGCCGAAGCAGUGUCUGGUCCUUGCCGAUGGCCUCAAGUCACACUCCGGUAGAGCAGCAGAGAUGUUUGAAAAGAGGAGAUUAAGAUCAGAACAAUUUGUCCUUGAUGAGUCGACGAUGAAGCAUCCAGCACCAACUCCCUUUAAGAAGCCACCGGGACCGCAGCCCUCUGUGAAGCCAGAGAAGAAGGUAUCCCCUUGGGAGGCUGCAGAAAAAUCGCCGUUUGGAUGUGUCUCGCAUGCCUUUCCGAAAAAAGAAGUGAAGAUUCCUCCUCCGACUCAGGCCAAACCAAAACCAGUUGUACAGCCACCUUCAGAUCUACGAAUCAAGCCUGGUUUCAAAGCCAACCGCGACUUCCCCAAGUACCCAGGAUCCCAGCAUGUAGAACCAGUACCACUCAAACAAGGGCCAACGCUCUCUAAAACCAACUUUAAGGACUUUAAUGUCAAGCCACGCGGUUGGGGUGUGUCAUCUAACGGAGAUAACCGAUCUGGGUCUCCGGCUUCGUUGAACUCUGAAGGGUCGAUCGGUAGAGGUCAAGGUCAAACCAGAUCACUUAAAUACAGCGGUGGUUUCAACGAUUUCAACCCCAAACCAAAGUCGUACGGCUUUGAUUCGCCAAGGCAUGGCGCGCUUUCACCAACGGUGUCACUAGCCGAGAGCGAUGAUUUAUAAAUGUACCUACGCAUCCAAAGCAUUGAGGAUAAACAGAACAUUUGGAUGGGCGAUUUCAAACGAAUUGGAAAUCGCGGUAUGGACUCAUAAUUCGUCCACUUUGAACUUGUGAACUCGUGAAUAAAAAAAAAUGUGUUUAUUGAAAAAUAAUUAACAUCUCUUUGUAAAGUGUUACAAGGUCAAUACUAUGCAAUAGAAAAAAGUCAAUCUUUUAUCUGAUGGAUAAAGAUAUUCAUGAUCAUUGUGCAUUAUAAUCCUAAAAAAAAAGGCGCUAUAGAGUAGUUUUAUGAUUAUCCUUCAUCGUCUAAAAAAGUGAAUAUCUUUACAUGUAGUAACCAUUGAUACCGGCCACAGAUAUGAUGAAUAUUAGGCUUCAUGCUCUGACUUAAAAAAAAAAUGUAUGAUGAAUUAACAGGCCCUCAGGGUCUUCUUCAUGAUAACGUCAUAUAAACCACAGGUCAAACGAAUUACAUAUUUAGCCAGACAAAAUACAUGUAUAAUGUCAUUGUACAUACGUUUGCGAGCGUUUUGUUUAGCCACAAACAUAGGGGCCGUCGUUGAAACUAUUCUUCCAAUUACCAGAUAUAUAUUUAAGAAUGUCUGAAUAUUUUUAUAGAUAUCAAUAUAGGAUAAUUUUGAAUAUUUCCUACGUUGCUAUGAAACAUACAUAUUCAUUUGCAUACAUGUAAUUCUAUGAAGAAUAUGUGAAUUAUAAUUGACCGAUAUGACUGUAUAAACUCCAUCGCGCUUAAGCUUUCAAGAUAGGAUAAGUUAGGAACAUGCAUUAAUACAUUUUUUCGUGAGUGUACAGAUUUAGUGUGUGCUUGUUCAAGGAGAUUGGUUGCCCUUUGGGUGUGUCUAGAUUUUAUUCAUUAUCUUUGUGUAACUAUCGUGCAUCGGGGGUUUCAAAAUUUCGGUUGCGAUGAAUACAGAAUAUUAUGUAAGUGUAUGUGUAAUCCAGUGUUGUGCAUUUCGAGGAUGGACUAUUCGGCCUUGAAUUUGGCCUCGGAUAGUCUGGUCGCGAUCUUGGUCCCGGUCUUGGUCCUGGCCUCUUCUCCGGCCCUGCGCGCAACACUGUUGUGAUCAUAAUCAAAGAAUGUUAGCGCGGAGAUUGCAAAUCAUCGUGUUUCUUUCUGCGCUACAUUCACCUUGGUCACGACUUUUCGUUCUGAUGCGAUGGUAUGCGGUAAAUAACAAAUGAAAGAGGAAAAAUAGAAAACUAUGCCUGUUUGAGUAGCGUGGAGCCCGUUAUUCAUUGAAUAUCAAUAUACACAUGUUUAUUUGCUUAGGAUAAUUCAGGCAAUCAAUAUUUACCUUUUGUGGGAUACGAAGAAAUCUCCGAUAUGCUUAAACAUCAUGAUCACGAACCGUUUGAAAAAUAUGCUUUAUGGUGAUAUUUAUGCCCUAUUUACAGAUUUUAGCAACCUGAAAUAUGUUUCAUACCGCAAUAGAUUUAAGAAAAUUACAUAUUUGGCCAAUGAUAGUUUUUAAUGUUUAUUUUUAGUCUUUGCAUUCGUGAUAAAUAUCAGUAAGGUUCAAUUCAUGCAACAUUGUUUCAAAGGAACUAUAUAAAUGCACGUUAUCGUAAUAUAUUCAUGUAGUAUAAAGUUAAGAGAAAAUAAUAUUUUUCUUGUAACAAACUCUAACGUGAUUAGACGAGACUCUUUGUACGGUCCAAGCCCGUGAUUAUUUUUAAAGAUAAUCUGAAUGAUUAUGAGGAAAUUCAGAAAUAUAGCUAAAAUAUCAUGUUUGAUCGUGCAAUGGAGUUGAUUGUUGCUAAACCUACUCAUCUCUCAGAUAUUGUAACAUUAUUGCAUAAUGUGUGUGUGUAUACUAGUCGCGUCCGAGUAUAUUAUGUAGAGGCGCUAUUAUUUAAAUGCGGACUAUGCAUAAUAUGACAGCUUAAUCGUAAAUUUAUUUGAUCUGAUUAAAUAUAGUGCCUUUUAUUGAUGAUGAUAAUGAUGCCUUUAUAGUAAACAUAUAAAGAUGUGAUUUAUAUUUCAUGUUCUUGUACAGAUAAAAAGCUCGAGUUUAUUAUUUCAAACCGCACUAUCUUAAAACAAAACGUACUCACUAAAUUAUCAUGUUGUGUAUUUAGAUUCUUGCUCCUAAUUUGCCUAUGGAAAUGCUGUACAUUUGAAAAUAAAACAUCUUUAUUUAUUUGAUUUGGAUGCUUGGAAGAUGAUGGUUUGGAAGUAAUCGUUAUAUAAUUUAUACAUCACCUGUCUUAUAAUGAUACCCUAUGUCUUUGUAAAGCAUAAGCUUGUCUCGUGAUAAUGUUAUAAUUAUUUUAGAUUGAAAUUUAUUUCAUUGCGUCUUACACGUAAGAAGCAAUACAAGGUUACUUGUGUGCUUUGACUACCAAUCUGUCGGAAUGAAUACUGUUGUAUGAUGUUGUUCUGCAACAAAUGACAAAGCUCCUCUUCCAAUAAUGUCCCAUCCUUAAUCACAAUGUCUUCAUUAUUGUAUUUAUGGUAGAUACACUAAAAAUGGUUGUACGUUUUAGCAUGAUUAGAGAGUGGCGUCAAUAUGCCGUCGUUUCAUACUGAAAAACUCCGUUGGUAUUUUUUUUCUCUGAAAACGAAAACCAUUACAUCGGCGACAAGAAAUUUUUUCCUCACUUGUAAGUAAAACUUAAUAGCAUGUAAACAAGCUACGUAGUUAUUAAGAUACAAUUUAACAUGUUAAAGAGAAAGUAAACUCUGAAUUUGUCUUUGUCUUUGGUGAUCAAGCCAAUUUAUGUGUUAAAGUUUUAACGCUGUGAUACUCUGUAUGCAGCUAGCCUGUACUCAAUACAGUGUAAACAAAAGUUGGUUGGUGCGCAUAGGCAAAGUCAAACAGUUGAGUGUGGUAUAUAAUACAAUAUGGUAAGGUAGAACGCACCUUUAGGGCCGUCUGCACCAUCCCGAGUUUUCAAAUUAGCGCGCUAUUUCUGAUCCGGCAAAUUAUCCCGAUCUGAAAAAUCUCGAGAUAGUUGGCGGUGCAGACGCAAUUAUCGCGCUAGUUCGUAGGAUUAAUCUCGAGAUUGCAAUCCCAAGUCAACUCGGGUUUAUUUGCAAAAUAGCGCACUAUUUUACGAAUUAUCCCGCUAAUUCGUCGGUGCAGACGCACUCGAGAUUGGACUCGGGGUAAUUUAUUCAUGACGUCAGUCCAUAAUGCAAUUCGCGUUCCACUUCCGCCUUGGUCAAAACAUAAACACGUGCGAAAGUCAACUUUAUACAUGCGAAUAGCGUUCAGAAGCAACGAUGGUGUCCCACCAGUGAAUGGAUUUUGGGAGAGACCAGACCGAAGGGGGAGGCGCUCAUCGACGAUGGUCAUAUUCAAUAACAACACUGACAGCAGUGUUGUCUUAUUCCUUCGCAAAAUGUGAGCAAAUAGCAUUUCUUUCCUCCUUCUCUCCCUCUCUCUCUCUCUGUCGUUGCCUCCUACUCCGCCAUCAUAUUUAACGAAGAAUACAUCACUUCUUCACUCGCUGAGCUGAGAGGAUUGUUGCAUAACACCGGUUGAAUUCGGCGAAAGUGCUAGUGAAAGGAGUACAUUGCUUGCAUAUCGCGGGAAGUUAUUCAAAAGCGCGGGCCGUUGAAACUCCAAGAUCCGAAAGUGCGCAUGCUCGUAAUAUCGGGCUUGUUGCCUCGCUCGAGCAGGAAUCGCUCUUCGUGGGAUGGUGCAGACGGGGUUUCUUGAAUCUCGAGAUUAAUCGCGAAGAGGGCUGAUCGGGCUAAAAUCUCGAGAUUGAGCAAACUCGGGAUGGUGCAGCACCGCCUUUUGUGGCUUAAAAACACACAGUGUAAAACCGCAGGUGCGCUUUUGGAGCCGUUUAACGGUGGGUAUAUCACGUAAAAGAUUCUAACAAAGGGUUCGCAUGGGUAUUGUCGCAUGAAUCACUGUGGUCAAACAAUUUACCACAGUGUGGACAUGCCACACUGGGUCCUAAGGCAGAGCUGGAAUAUUCCCUGUUUGUAAGGUUGACAGAUGAUGGUAACUUAUCAAUGCGUCAAGCUGUGUACAAUUGUCUAAUCAAUGUGCUAUUAUGGCAAGUGUGAUGUUAAUCACUUCAUUUAGUGUUUAAAGUUUGAAGAUAUAAGGUUUAAUUUCAUGUGCAUCAUAUUCUUUCCGAUAGUCAAUACGUUUUCGAGACAAAACCAAUGUGAAGGAGACAAUACCAAUUUCAGACAGCUAGUGCUUACACCUAAAUUUAGGUUACAAAAUCAUGUUUGGGUGCACGUCUCUAGAAAUAUGUUCAAGAAAGUUUCUGUGUAAUGCCUAUUUUUUAUUUCUUUUGGUAUAAGCUUCACAUUGUGUAGCUUCAUCAUAGCUAGGAGAUUUGAAUUAUUACAGUCGUUUUGAAUUUUGGAGUGAAUAAACUUUGAAGAAAAAAAGUGA